CGGGGAUACUUUCAGGAAUCAGGAUACAGUCAGCUGUGUGUACCCCACAACCUCUUCCAGGGCGGAGGUCCUGACCGGGGCGUCAAACGUUUCCCCGCUGACAUGGAUUAACAGGAGCGGGGGGACAGUCAGCUUCCAGCCCAGGCCCAUCCCGCCCGCGGAGGCCAGGCAGCGCCAUGGCGUCCCGGCUGCUGGACCGUUUGAAGCGCUCGUUGUUUAAAGAUGGUCAGGGGGCAGGACCCGAGCAGGAAGCAGGAGGUGUACAAGACGAGGAGGAGUUUAAAGAGGACGGCUGGGAGGCGGAGCUGGAGGAGGAGGACGAGUGUGUGACCGAUCGACUCGGGGGAACGCUGUGCUUCGACAGCGCCGGAGGAGGAGGCGCAGAGGAUGGAGCCGAGGGCGAGGGGUCAGGGCUGGACAGUGACUCCGACUUCCUGGGAGAGUCGAUGGAGGAGGGGCUCAGCAGCACAGACACCAGCCCUGUGGGCGUGUCUCCUGCAGCCCCCUCACCCCCCUCCCUGCUGACUCGGCAGCUUCAGGAGAGCUGGAGGAACCUGCGUGGACUCGGCGGAGGAAGCCCCACCCCCGCCGGGAGGCGACUGACGGACAGCUUGUUGUUCGAGGUGACCGACGCCAGCGUGGUGCAGGACGGCUCCUCCAAAUACGUGCUCUACACCAUCCACGUGAUCCAGUCUGGCGGCAGCGAUAAGACUCCGGCCAUCAUCACCCGCCGUUACUCCGACUUCCAGAGGCUCCACACCACGCUGCGCCGUAACCACGGAGACCAGAUGGAGCGUGUCUGCUUCCCACGGAAGAAGCUACGCAGGAACUUCACGGCGGAGACGAUCGCCAAGCGGAGCCGAGCGUUUGAACAGUAUCUGUCUCACUUGUGUUCGCUGUCUGCCCUGCGGGGGGCGCUGUGUGUGCGACAGUUCUUCUACCUGGCUGACCUGCAGGCUGGACAGCUGCUCAUCAGGGUGGGACGUUACCAGGAGGCCUUGGGUCCGCUGCUCAACGCCAAGAGACUGCAGCACAAACUGGGCUGGGCAAGUUACUAUGACAACCAGGCUCAGGCCCCACACCCAGCCUCCUGCCAUUGGUUCUACACCCUGGUGGGGCUGUCGAGCUGCUUCCAGGAAGUGGAUCAGCUGGAGGAGGCGCGGGAUCACUGUGACCACGCCCUCCAUGUUCUGACCCCUGCUGACACUCAGACUAACACGGAGGACAGGCCCCUCCCACUCGAAGAUAAGCCCCACCCACUGAGUGAAAAGCAGGACAUAUCACAGUGGCGAAUCGACAGGCCACACCCCCUCCUGUUGCCGUUGUUACGGGCGGUGGUUCGGCUGUCGUGGCAGACAGGAAGAGACAAGCGGCAGUGGGAGGAGCUUCUGCACCACCUGGAGGAGCAGUGGGCGGGGCUCGACAAUCAGCCAACCAUCAAAGAGUUUCUGGUCAAACACAACCUGGAGGAGAGUGAAGGGGAGGGCUAAAACACACACACACACACACACACACUCUGCAGAGUACA